GAAUCUAAACAUAUCAAGGCUGUCAAGGAGCCGUGGCGACGGUCCAGUCGGUUAGAAGCCCUCAAUCAGAUGUUACUGACAAAUCAACGUCUAGAUAAGUUAGCGGCGUCUCGUGUUGACUUUGCUAGCCGUGGGAUGCUAACAGGAACAUUCCGGCUCGAGGACGAGCCGAUUGACAUUCCCCAUCUCGGACGCAACAAUCACGUGAAUGCCGACUUGGAGGCUGAUGCAGACCAAGAUGCUGAGCUCGAGGGUGACGCUGUUGCUGGACCGACGGUGAUAGCUCAUGUAGACUUGGCGAAGAAAUCUGGUGAGUGGAACCUACUCGCAGAUCAAAUUGGUGAACCGGAACUCACCACUCACAUUCAGCGAUUUUUACAUGACCAGCUCCAUUGUUCUGACUCCAACUCAGAAGCCUCCGAGUCUGGUGCUGGCUCGUCCAGUGCCCUUCCCGAACUACAUGAAAAAAUAACUCUGUAUACAUCUGCCAUUGCCACCUUCUUCGCUCCCAGUGAUGUCUCAGGCAUCGGCGGUAUGCGCUACGAGCGAAUUCGUGCCGUGGAUACCUGGAGGAACGGCCCUGGUCGAUAUGACUGUGUUUUCAUUAGUACUGAUCCCACUGUCGAGGGUAUGCGUGGCUUCGAUAUCGCUCAAGUAAGGCUUUUCUUUUCAUUUAAACACAAUGGUGUACAUUACCCUUGUGCAUUUGUGCAUUGGUUCAAACACGUGCACGACUCACCAGAUGAGAACACAGGAAUGUGGGUAGUAGAGCCUGAAACCCGCGAGGAUGGGACACGAUUUGCCUCCGUCAUUCACCUUGACUGCAUUUUUCGUGCGGCACACCUUAUGCCUGUAUUUGGGCAUGAAUUUGUACCUACUUAUCUCUCUUACACACAGACCCUUGAUGCUUUCCGCACUUACUAUGUAAAUAAAUACAUUGACCAUCAGGCAUUUGAGAUUGCCUGGUGA